ACAACGUCGUAUGAUUUUAUUUAGUGCCAAGCAUUACCACCAUGGUAUAGACUGGUACUAAAUGUCUCAAUUUUUUGGUCCCAAAAAUAUAUCAAAGUGUAUAUAAUUUUAAAGAGCACAAUUUAUCUGAUUUAUCUGUGCGGAAAGAUUUGAAUUACAACUUAAAAUGAAAGAGAUAACUCGUCAAAAUCUAUAGGGAAAAUUGUUAGGGGUCUCCAAUAAAUAGUGUUGUGGCAGAUUAUGAAUGGUUAUUGUCUUAUUGACCACAAGGUUCUGCACUUGAACCGCUCCAACUUUGCCUGCCACAAAGCAGCGCUUAAAGCCAAAGCAGAACGUUAGUCAUUCGUGUUUGAAACCCAAUGCCCCACACUACUGGCACUCAUAACGCUUGAUGCCCGACACUAACGACACUCAAGCCAACUGGUUCAUCAGUUUGGAUAUGCUUGAGCCUCCACCCAUUUGGAUAGAGGGUUAAUAUUUGCCGCCCGGGUAAUUACUAUUUGCCGCCCGUAAAAAACACUAAAAAGACAAUUUUGCCCUCCAAAUUUUUCUUUAUAUUCUAUUCGCUGAAAUGGUUUUUUAAACACGAACACACUACCCGAGUCCCGACCACCAACUCCCCACAAACACCACAGCCAGAUUCACGGCCACCGGACGGCAGCCUAAGUUGCCGGCCACCGGACCAAUCUCGUCAGCAUAAUUCGCCGGGCACUGGACGGCAGCCGUACCCCAUCGUCGGACCAUCGAAGCAGGUAAACCCCACUGACUUUUCUGGAAUUUUUUGCCCGUCCGCCGGGGACCGGAUGCAUCGGAGUCGGCAGUGUUAUAUAUAUUUUUUAAUUCGAGACAGGUUAUUAUUUCUAGAGCUAAUUAUUUAUAUUUAAUUUAUUGCUUUUAUUUCUAUUUUACAUAGUUAAAUUCAUAUGUAGUUUGAAUUAAGAGAUUGUAUUUUGUUGUAGCGCUAAUUAGUUUCUUACUGUCAAAUUAUUGUUAUUUUGUAGAGUUAAUUAAAUUAUUGCAUGUUGUUUAAUUUUGUAGAGUCAAUUGAAGCACAAUUAGUUUAAUUAAGUGAUUGUGUUUUGUUGUAGCGCUAAUUAGUUUAUUGUGUUUAGAUAUAAUUCGUAGAGCUAAAGAUGUUUAAUAAUUUAUAUUUAAAUAAUUUUCUUAUUGUAAAAUUAUCAUUAUUUUUUAGAGUUAAUUAAAUUAUUGCAUUUAGUUUAAUUUUGUAGAGUCAAUUGAAGCACAAUUAGUUUAAUUAAGUGAUUGUGUUUUGUUGUAGCGCAAAUUAGUUUAUUGUGUUUAGAUUUAAUUCGUAGAGCUAAUUUGGUUUAAUAAUUUAUAUUUAAAUUAUCAUUAUUUUUUAGACUUAAUUAAAUUAUUGCAUUUAGUUUAAUUUUGUACAUUUCUAACGAGUUGUAAAAUCACAAUUGCAGGUGGACAUGGAUUACAAUGUUGAACUAAUUGGUGAUUACACGGACCAUUUUCUCAAUGGCGUCCGAUACGACAAUUUCGAAGAUGCUGUAACAGUUACCAAAAACAUCGCGAUGUCUCUUGGUUUCUUUCUAACUAAGGGAUCGAUGAAGCCACGUGAGUUGAGCAACAAAAGAUUAUUGGGUAUCUGUUAUAUGUAUUGCGACAGAUGCAGUAGGGAGAGGAAGUCAUACAAGCCGGAUUCUUCCAAGGAGAGUCGUGGCAAUACAAGUUCAAAAGGAUCGGGGUGCAUGUUCAGGAUUAAAAUCAAAGAACUACUGGUUAAUCCAGAUGCUCUUGAUGGACCUUCAUUCUGGGAGAUACAAGGAGUGACGGAGCAAGGAACCGGUUUAAGGCGAGGGUAUCACAAUCAUGAGAAGAUGCUUUAUCCCAAAGGCCACAGUCAAAUGAAUCAAUUGAGUCAGGAGGAUAAAGAAUCUCUGAGGCAGAUGAGAGAUGUUGGGGUACCUCCGUCGCAACAGAAGCAGACAAUAAACAAGCAGAAGGGUGACAAAGGGCAUCACACCCAAAGGCAGAUGUAUAACCUCGGGUCCAAGUCUAGGAAAGACGAGAUGAAUGCAGUGCAGUAUGCGUUGCUAGCAGCUGAACGUGAGAAUUAUCAUACAGAGGUUAUGAAGGACGAUGACGACGUGCUGACACAUCUUUUUUUUGCCCAUCCAACUUCCAUCCAGAUGUUGAAGGCUUGGCCGUACGUGAUUCUGAUCGACUCAACGUAUAAGACCAAUGCAUAUAAAUGGCCGUGGGUGGAGGUCAUAGGUGCUACUCCAGUUGGGAAGAAUUUCAACAUAUGUUGUGCUCUCAUGAAGGAUGAGACAAAAGAGUCGUAUCUUUGGCUGUUGCAGUGCAUACAUAUAUGGGGAAACCCACCCUAGAGGAGUCAUUGUUCUGCAUUUCGUCCAGAAUCAUUGGAUCAACCUCUCUUUCCCGGCGGACAAGAUACCGUUGCCCCCUCUACAUGCCAUGUGGCCAGGCGGUCACCAAGAAAGCGUGGAUGGAUGGGAGAACUAUUUCGCGCCGUUUAGUCAAAUGUGGUUCGAUCUUGGGGGUGGUGCGAAUAACUUUCCAUCACGCAAAAAUAGGGUUCCAAAGAAAUAAAUUUGUACUUGUCCGACUCAUAAAUAAAUUGUAAUGAACGUCUUCAAUUUAA